UUUCAUUUGUUGUUCCCCAAGCCGCUACCCAGCGCCGCUUAAGCUUCAUCCAAAGGUUAAUUUUCCGCGAGAGAUCAGAGCCGAGUGAUGUCGUUUUUUCGCAACAUUCGCUCGUCGCUGUCGUCAUCGUCGCGGGCCAAGAGCUCCUCCUCCCGCGACACGACACCUGUGCGUAGCCAGCAGUCCUCGCGGCCCGCCAGCGUCAUCAGCGUGGGCAGGGCCUCCAGCAGUCGUCGGGACUCUACGACCAGCUCCACGCUGCAGCGCGGCGACACCUUUAUACUGCCCGAAACCGAUGAGGAGGCCAACAACACAGCCGCCUCCACGCACUCGAACAGCUCCACGCUGGAGAAGAAGUCGAAAAAGUCGAAAGUGUUUGGAAAGUUCAGCACCUUCACGAAGCGCAAGAAGACGCCCAGCGGGACGCCCGCGGAGGAGGAGGUGGCCAGCUACGAGCACCAUCCGAGCGACACGGCCACCAACACGUACUACAAGUGGCGCAGCGAUGGCGGCGAUCGGCUGCAGGACUACGAUGCCCAGUCGGAUCCGUUCAACUUCCUCUACGAAAAGCAGUCCAGCCUGAGGAAUCUGCAGUCGGGAGAGUCCUCGGUGCAGCGGCAGGCCAGCAUCGGUUCGAAUUCCAGCGGCAGCUUCGACUCCUCCACGUACCGCAAGAGCAAGACGCCGACGCAUCUGCGGGAGCAGCUGGAGCAGCUGAAGACCCACUCGAACGACGAUCUGCUGGAGGAUCAGCAGCGGGAGGAGGAUGAGCGCGAGAAGUACAAGACGGUGACGCUGAACAGCUUCAGGAAAUCCUUCCGCGAGCGCCUGCUCCAACAGCAGAAGGAGGCGCCGCACAAUCCCGCCUGGUUCGUGGAGGUGCCGCCGCCGCCCACCCCUGACCCACGCACGACGAGCGGCAACCGCUGGGACUGCAAGGAGAAUCGUCCGGAUUUCCUGGUCUUUGAGAACGACAACUACCGGCCACAGUCGCGCUCCCCGCUGCGGGAUCGCCCCUCCCGCUCGGCCACCCGCUCGCCAGUGAAACGCAACGAGACUUUCCGCGUGGCGCAGCCCUCCCUGCGGCACAUGUCGCCCUCGCCCACGCCCUCGCCGGCACCCUCCAUCCGCAUCGAGAUCAAGAACUCCAUUUCCCCGCACUCCCCGGGCCGAUUCGUGCCCGUGGGCGUGGCCAAACCAAUGCCCACAACGGAGUACUACGCGCAGCGUCUGCUGGCCAGCAGCAAUCACAAUCACGGCAGGCUGGCUCCGGCUCCGGCUCCGAGAACCGCCAGUCCCAGCGCCUCACAGCGUUGGUAUCGCCCGCAGAGCUCUCCCACGCGGCUGCAGGCCACGCGGAUGAGCGUGGAUCCCCAGCAGUCGCCGCGAUUGGGUGUCCAUCAGCAGCAGGCCUCAAGGAUGAGCCACCAGCAGCCAGCGCGAAUGAGUGUGGAGCAGCAGCAGCAGCAUCAACACAAGGGUGGCCGGACCCUGGUGCACAUUGGCAGUGACCAGAGCAGAGCCCAGUCCUGCGCCAAUCCCAUGCCCGCGCGAGGCCGUGCACCCACGAGGGUGCAGCUGUACGGCAACAAGCCGCAGAGCAAUCGACUCCAGCAGCAGCAGCUGCCAUCUUCGACGUACUUUGGUGGCCACUACAAUGCACCUGCCACAAGCAACGCUGCAAAGCAGCGUGGAUCCUCCAACGGGUUGGGUGUGGCGACAGUCUACAGCGGGGGCGUUCCCACCGUUUAUUUGGGGCGUCGCGAACAGCCAAUGACACGUGCCGCCCCCGUGCCCACACGGCGCAAUCGAUCGCCCAUUAAAAUGCCUUGGCGAUAGAACGAAACAGAAGAGCGCGGGAGGAAUCGAAGCUUGUACAGAAAUUCUUUCCAAAGAGAAGACAGCCAAGAGUCGUCUGAGACAAGGUCUCUUGCGUCAUGAUUGGAGCGGAGCUGCGUUCAAUCGAUUCGAUUCGGGGGCGGAGUGGAAUCGGAGUGGCAGUGGACUUCGAUCGUUAAUGAUUUAUGUAUCCAUCAGACUCAGCCUCUCCUCAGUGUGUUGUGAAUUUCGCUACGUCAAAUAAUUGUUAAGCAAAGAUAAAUAAUACGUAAAUAAAUAUACG